AUGUUAAGGAUGAGAGCCUCCUUGACCGGGGCCGGUUCGCGGCCCUUCAUGAACCAGCGAUCUCCAUGGAUCUGUCGCACUUGUCAAAUUCACCAAUCUGCAUCUCUUCUACUCCCAAAGAACGAUGGGGAGUCGUUCCCACAACAAGGGGUCACAUUCAAAGCAAUUGGGAAGCGAAAGAAGGGAGCCCUCCCCAUGGAGGAUACCAUGACACCGGUAGAAAGAGAAAAGGUCGUUGAAAAGAUGCGAAUGAAGCACACGAAGUUUAUAGAGAAACUACAGGAAUAUAUAAGGAUCAGGAAAAAGAUGGCGGAAAAGCUAAAGAAGGAUGCUGAACACAAGAAGAAAAACAAAACCACGGAAACUGGAGGCCCUAAAACCGCCUCAGUGGUGGCCAAAACAGAAGAAAACCGGGUGAAGAGAGCUCAAGAGAUAUGCGAAGCGGCGAAACUGUUCUCGGUGACACCUCAUACGUGGCCUUCGGUGAAUAGGUUGGCCAUCACCAGUGAUAACCUCCUUUUAAUGCAUACCGCGAUGAAGGAAACGAUGCAAAAAAUGAAAGUCGAGAAAGAGAAAACAAGUUCGUGGCUAGAGGCAUCAACUCAAAGAGCUAAAAACGAUGCACUAUACUACCCACUCAUGGGAGGGGCUGGGCCACUAGAUGGAUCAACAAUCGGGGAAGCAGAUACAGAGAUCGAUUCUGGGGAUAAGACAAAUACCAAUGAUCAACCAACCGAAGGCGAACCCACAAAAUCGCUUUUAGAAUCAACCAAUGAAGCGAACGGCGAAGCUUCCGGCAAGACUAUUGAGGACGCUGGUGGGAAAGAAUUGGAAAAUCAAGAGCAGGGAACUUCUGAGAAGUCGGGGAAUGAGGAAAAGAAACCACGCAAAAGCGCAAGGGAAAAGAAACUAGAAGUCGAUGCUACUACGAUUACUGCCAAAGACUAUCAACUCGAACCAAUUGACCUUGAACAAAACGUUGAGCUUCGGCCAUUGAGCCACGGGCUCGAUCGUGUCCUAUUUAACCCAGGUGUGACCUUUCUCCGAGAUCCGAGAUCAAGAGUCUAUAACUUCGAUCCCUACCUUGACACUAUCAUGCCUGUCGACGAAUUCGACUUUGACGCGCUUGGUGACUACGUCACUUCAUCUAAGGAUACGACCCUUAUCGACCUCGCCCGGGGGUCCCAGAAGAAAUACGUUGGUUCGACAUCCAGUAUGACUGCAAUUCUAUCACAUCUCCACUACCUCCUCUCCCGGUGGCGACCUAUCAACGUCAAGAUGCUUUCAAAGGGGUUCGUAGCCGAAAGCGAGAAUUUCACAAGACUCUCCCGACUACCGGUUUCCGUAAUUCUUCGGUGGAAGGAUGGAAUCUACGCCAUAGAUCAAGAUAAAGAAGCCGAUAGCAUGGAGACCAUCUUGCUGUUUUUGGGUCGCUCGAUGGAAAAGAUGUUAACGCUCCCACCUGAAGUAUUCCAAAAAUACCACAAAUCAGCAUCGCACGAGAUUCCGGAUGAAGUAAAAAAUGCACGAGAACGAUACCACUACACCGGCUUUGGAGAUUUACUAUUCAGAUCACAGCUGGAUGCACAUGAUGAUAGGCUACCUGGCACCGGUGUCUUCGAUUUAAAAACCAGAGGAGUCAUUAGUAUCCGAAUGAACGCAGCUGAGCCGGCAACCGGAUGGGGUUAUCAAAUCAAAACAGCCGACGGACAAUUCGAAUCAUUCGAACGUGAAUAUUACGACCUCAUACGAUCAGCGUUUAUGAAAUAUUCUUUACAGGUUAGAAUGGGACGUAUGGACGGUUGCUUUGUAGCAUAUCACAAUACGAAGCGUAUUUUUGGAUUUCAGUAUAUUAGCAUCGAUGAGAUGGACGAAGCGUUGCAUGGAAGUCCGGAAGUUGGAGACCAGGAAUUCAAGCUAAGUUUGAGAUUGUUGAAUGAAGCAUUGGAUAAAGCUACAGAGAAGUAUCCGGAACAGUCGCUUCGAUUGUGGUUCGAGACGAGGGAGUCGGCGAUGCCGUUCCUUUAUUUCUCUGCAGAACCUAUAACAGAAGAAGAAGUCCUUGCUUCUCAAGAGCGAGGGGCAGACAUAAAUGUUGUUCUGAAGCAGAUCAAAAAAUCUUCACGACCCCCGGGCCUUGAUGGUAUGGGGCCGCGACGGAAUGAACCUGCAGUACAGAAAUCUGAACCGGAGAUGGAGGAAGCCACAUUAGAGGAAACCACUGUGGGAGAGACAGUGGAAGAGACAGUGGAGGAGACAGUGGAGGAGACAGUGGAGGAGACCGCAAUGGAAGAGACCGCAGUGGAAGAGAUCACAGUGGAAAAAACACCGACCGAAGCAGCCACAGCGGAACUAAUCGAGAAGGAUGAAGAAGAGGCUCGGGAUACCCUUUCAGCACUUCAAGAGGGUACAGAGAUGCUAGAAUCUGUAACCAUAGAAGGCGAAAAGCUGAUUGAUCCAGUACGUGACGCAAGACUUCUGGCGGAAGGGAAAUCAGGUUGGGAAUAUUUAGCCGCACCUAAGACAGAGCAUUCUACGGAUGGAUCAGUCGAUCCUGUGGCGGAAGAAUCCGUUGGAAGCGAUGAUGAGUCGACUUCGACAACGGAACAGAUAUCCGAAGACUCUGCAACCGACGAUGCUGCCGCUGCUGAAACCGCAGCGACCGAUGAUGGCCCGUUCGUUCAAGUUUUGGUCGCCCAAAGCACCGUCAACGGUGAGAAGGUUGACCGCCCGACUACUCUGAACGCUAAAGACGUUUGGUCUGUCAAUUACGCAUUUUUGGAGAUGGACAACAAAGCGGCUACUAAGACUCUGGGGCAAAUCAAAAGGCGAAAGAAGGAAGGUAUAGAAUACGAUGCCAACUGGAAGAGUACAUUUAUGCAGCACUUGAAGAAACUUUCGCUUCAAGGCGAGCGAUAUGCGGCUCAACAGAGGAAAGAAGACGAGGAAGGUGAUAUUGUAGUUUACAGGAGUAGGUCAUGA